ACAGCUGAACACCGCACACGUUGCGCAAAGUUUAGUUUUGCAGUCACACGAGUUACACAACAUCUUCUCUAAUCUCUUAUUCGAAUUUGUUUUCUAUUCUAUCUGCUCUCUACGCUCUUCUCGCACAUUCUUUCGCUUCUCUCUCUCAUCUUCUCUGCACUUUGGUCUCUUAUGCCCAAACUUUGACCUCGUUUCCAACCCAACACAACACACAUCCAAUAAGCUAAUAAUAGUGGAAGAAAGACAGUAAUUUCAAUGUACUUGAGGAGAAUACAAUGCAGGAGAGAUCGAGUAUGGGCUUUGGUGUUGCAGCCAUCAAAAUACUUCUUUAGGCCAAGACUCUCUGGUCAUCAAUACUUUCAAUCUUUGUCCCCAAAGACUGCAGUGGAAGAAUAUGCUUCACAUGGAAGGAUCAUCCCAGAACGUCUUUUAGGUUCAUAUUCAUGUAAACAUACUUCAUCUACAAUUAGUUUUGCUGCUCAGGACAAAAGGCCUAGUUUAUGUCAUAACAGUACUCAGUUGCGUGCCUAUAGUUCUGAAAGUGAUGGAAGAAAUGCAAGUGAGGAUAAACAAGUACAUGGUAGUGAUGGAACCAACUUUGAUAAAAGGCAGAAUCAACAAGAGAAGUUUGGGAAAGAGGUUGAGUACUGCAAUGCACAUGCACGACUUGGAGAACAGGAACAAGAGGAAUGGCUUAAUAAUGAGAGGCUAACUAUAGAAAAUAAAAGGAGAGAAUCACCAUUUUUGACAAGGAGGGAUAAGUUUAAAAAUGAGUUCAUAAGAAGAAUUCUUCCUUGGGAGAAAAUACAUAUUUCUUGGGAUACAUUUCCUUAUCAUAUUCAUGAAAAUACCAAAAAUCUUCUGGUGGAAUGUGCUGCUUCCCAUUUGAGACAUAAUAAGUUUGCUUCAACUUUUGGUAUUGGGCUCUCAUCUUCAAGUGGGAGAAUAUUGCUUCAGAGCAUUCCUGGCACUGAGUUGUAUCGUGAGAGAUUAGUUAGAGCUCUUGCACAAGAUUUACAAGUUCCUCUUUUAGUGCUCGAUAACAGCAUCCUUGCUCCUUAUGAUAUUGAUGAUGAUUUAUCAUCAGACUACGAAUCUGAUGAUGAUAAUGCAGAGUCUGGGGAGGAGGGUUCUCUUGAAUCAGAGAAUGAUGAUGAUAAUGAAGCCAGCAAUGAAGAAGAGUGGGCUAGCAGUACAGAGGCAAAGUCAGAUGCAAGUGACAAUGAAGAUGCAGUAGCAUCAGCUGAAGCACACCUUAAGAAGGUUAAAGCAGCUGUUCUUCGGAAACUUGUCCCUUACAAUGUCGAGGAAUUUGAGAAGAUUGUGGCUGGAGAAUCUGAAAGUUCGGAGUCCUCCAAGUCUAAUUCUAAUGAUACCAAAUCUUCUGAUAAAUCUGGAUGCCAGCUAAAGAAAGGUGACCGUGUGAAGUACAUUGGGCCAUCUGUUCAAGUUACAGACGAGGAUAGGGUUAUACUGGGGAAGAUACCAACAUCUGAUGGUCCAACUAAUGCUUAUACUAUUAUACAUGGCAGACCUUUAACUAAUGGUCAGAGAGGAGAGGUCUAUGAGGUCAAUGGCGAUCGAGUUGCAGUCAUCUUGGAUAUUAAUGAAGACAAGGUCAACGAGGGUGAGGUGGAGAACCUUAGUGAUGAUCAUACGAAACCCCCAAUCUAUUGGAUUCAUGUUAAGGACAUUGAGAAUGAUCUUGAUGCUCAAUCACAGGAUUGCUACAUUGCUGUGGAGGCUUUAUGUGAGGUUUUGCGUAGAAAACAGCCUCUUAUUGUCUAUUUUCCUGACAGUUCACAUUGGUUACAUAAAUCAGUUCCUAAGUCAAACCGAAAUGAGUUUUUUCAAAGGGUUGAGGAGAUGUUUGACCAGUUAUCUGGUCCUAUAAUAUUGAUUUGUGGGCAAAAUAAAGUACAGUCAGGGUCAAAGGAGAAAGAACAAUUUACAAUGAUACUACCAAAUUUUGGACGUGUUGCUAAGCUGCCUCUUUCUCUGAAGCGUUGGACUGAGGGAAUUAAAGGGGACAAGACAUCAGAAGAUGACGAAAUUAACAAGCUCUUUUCUAAUGUUCUGAGUAUACAUCCACCCAAGGAUGAGAAUCAGCUGGCAACAUUCAAGAAACAACUUGAAGAAGAUAAAAAAAUCGUGACUUCACGAAGUAAUUUGAGUAUACUACGGAAGGUUCUCGAAGAACAUCAGCUAUCAUGCAUUGACCUUUUACAUUUAAAUACUGAUGGCAUUGUUUUGACAAAGCUCAAAGCUGAAAAAGUAGUAGGCUGGGCAAAAAAUCACUAUUUGUCGUCUUGCUUGCUUCCUUCUGUUAAAGGAGAAAGAUUGUGCCUACCUCGUGAAAGUCUUGAAAUUGCAGUCUCAAGAUUGACGAGCCAGGAGACAAUGUCACGGAAGUCUUCUCAGAGCCUCAAGAACCUUGCAAAGGAUGAGUUUGAGAGCAAUUUCAUUUCAUCUGUAGUACCUCCUGGUGAAAUAGGAGUGAAGUUUGAUGACGUAGGUGCUCUUGAAGAUGUGAAAAAGGCACUUCAAGAACUCGUAAUUCUUCCAAUGAGAAGGCCAGAGCUUUUUUCUCGAGGAAAUCUGUUACGGCCCUGUAAAGGAAUUUUACUUUUUGGUCCUCCUGGCACUGGUAAGACCCUUCUGGCGAAGGCACUUGCAACUGAAGCUGGUGCAAAUUUUAUUAGCAUAACUGGUUCGACCCUUACUUCAAAGUGGUUUGGAGAUGCUGAAAAACUAACCAAAGCGCUUUUCUCAUUUGCCAGCAAGCUUGCUCCUGUCAUUAUAUUUGUUGAUGAAGUUGACAGUUUGCUUGGUGCUAGAGGUGGUGCUUUUGAGCAUGAGGCCACUAGAAGAAUGAGGAACGAAUUUAUGGCAGCCUGGGAUGGAUUGAGGUCAAAAGAAAACCAACGAAUCCUUAUUCUAGGAGCAACAAACCGGCCAUUUGAUCUUGAUGAUGCUGUUAUUCGUCGUUUACCAAGAAGGAUAUAUGUUGAUUUACCAGAUGCUGAAAAUCGAAUGAAGAUUUUAAGCAUCUUUCUAGCACAAGAAAACUUGGAUUCUGAAUUUCAGUUAGAUAAACUUGCUAACAUGACUGAUGGAUACUCGGGCAGUGAUUUGAAGAACCUCUGUAUUGCUGCAGCGUAUAGACCUGUUCAAGAGCUCUUAGAGAAUGAAAAGAAGGAAGCCAGUAGUGGUACAACUUCAAUAUUAAGGCCUCUCAAUUUGGAUGAUUUUGUUCAGUCCAAAACCAAGGUGGGUCCAUCGGUUGCGCAUGAUGCAACAAGCAUGACCGAGUUGAGGAAGUGGAACGAAAUGUAUGGAGAAGGAGGUAACAGGACAAAAUCACCAUUUGGAUUUGGGAGCUGAUUUUGACACUUUUCAUCUCUAACAUAUCAUCACCAAUGCUUUUGAGCAAAGCAUUAUAGAUAGAUUCAUCUUUUAUACUUUUCAAAGGGCCUCUGCAUUCCCAUCACUUGCCAAAUUAUUUAGACGAAUUAGUUCUUUUUAGGAGGCUGUGUUUCGAGCUCUCCAUUUUGAGCUGACUUGAGUAUUCAGUUAAAUGUGUUGUAAUGAAAUGUAGGUAGCCUCUAAUUUUGUCUAGGGAAUGUGAAAUCUUAUGCUUAACAACAGGGGUAAUUUCCCCACUUACCUAUAUAUAUUUUUUGACAGUGUUUAAUUAUUAUUCAUUGGAUGC